AUGCUCAUUGCGUGGAAAAAGGCGAAACUUGGGCGAAAAAUCGUUUUCUAUUCACUGCAAUUAAGUGAUGAGCAAAAACAAGAACUCCGUGCGAUUUGUGAUUUGGAGAUUCGAGAGCUUGAUUUUCGAGCGUAUCCAUCGCAUAUUUUUAAUUUAUUGAAUUAUGCUUUCAAAGUGGUGGCGAUUGUGGAUGCCUACUCAGAUUUCGAUUUCUUUCACGUAAUGGACGCGAGCAUACGACCGAACAAUGUGACAUUGUUGAGAGAAUAUUGGGAUGAUGUACGGAAAGGAAAGGUUCCUCCAUUCAGCAUAGUUGUUGAAAUGAUAUGGUCAAAGUGCUUUCAACGUCUUGUACUUCAACGCGGUCCAGGAGAAUCAAGGAACAAGAUCAUUCGCCAAUGGUCGUACACUGAUUCGAUCAAAGUGAAGCGCGGUGAUGGGCACAAGGGACCACUUCCGAAAGAUUUACUGUGUUUGAAUGUAAAUGAUAGUACCAGUUCGAGUACAAUUAAAUACGAA